AGAAAACUUAGGGCAACAUGCUUAUUAUUAUAAUUCCAGCAGUUUGUCAGGAGAAAGGCAGCCCACUUGGAGAUCUACUCAAUUGUCAUACCUAUGGAAUGUGCUGUGCUUCACUUUCGAUGGCGGUAUGGAUACUUUUUUUUAUGGAUUUGACAGAAAUACUUGCUUUUUAGUACAAUGGGAAUCAAUAGUGAAUCAAAUGAUAAUGCCUAUUUCUAAUUAAGUAAACUAUGAGUGUGAAGUGUGAUGCUUUGAUACGUAGAGGAGAGCAAAUCAGGAAGUUUCUGAUUGGUGAUGCUGCUCCAGUUCAUGUGAUACAGAGGUGUACAAUUAACUUCGGGAUGAAAAGCAUAUAUCAUGAGAUGCUUUCAAGGAAGAUCAAUCUGAAGAGCAUAUUAACACCUUCAACCACUGGAGAUAUUGUUGGUUUCAUUGUUGGUCUUACAAAUGAAAUCAGGAAGUUGCUAAUUGGUGAUGCUUCUCCACUUCAUGUGAUACAUAGGUGUACAAUUAACUUCGGGAUGAGAAGCAUGCAAAAGCUAAAAAAAGAGACACACCAACUUUAG